CCACACAAUCCCUCCUCGGUCCAUCUGCGUCACAAAACUUUCCACUCCGGAAACGCUGCUUCGCCAACCGGGACAGUGGAAUCAAAGAUCUGCCCUCAAAAGGGUAAAUAAAACAAGUUCCAAACCCUUUAAACCAACGAAAAUGACUUAAAAAUGGGGCUCGCAAAGCACCUAUUUCCCCCUACGUAUUUUUCGCCUCCUCCGCAUCACCAGCGCUGGCAGCUCCUCAUUCGCCCCCGCCCCCCACCCCGCUAGCGGGCCGCAGCGCCGCCCAGCCACGCAGCAGCACACAAAGGAGGCCGCCGCCAUUAACCAGAGCGAAGGCCGUCAGCCCGCGCGCCCCCGCCACCUUGCAUCGGGUCUUCCAUCCCUCGUCAUUUACACCUUCCAAGAGAUAAAACAGCUCUAGCCAAAUGCCAAGAACAACCACUAUAAAAGCUAACGCAAGGGCUAAUUCAAAAGCCAACUUCGCAAAGCAAAAACACCCUUAGAGAGAAGCACAAAAGACUCCAGACAAAGAGCCCCUCCAGUGCGCGCGCACCUCAACCCCCCCGAGCGCGCGCAAAGCGCGCGCUCCCUUCUCCCUCCCGACUCGAUUGCGCACGCUCGCACAAAAGCCGCCAUUGUGCGCGGACCACGGACAAUACCUCGGGCGAGCCGGGCCCAACACAAAGCCCGCUUCUCCCUUGGUCCUUUUCCACACGCAAUUCCCCGACCUUCCUGCCGACUUCUCUAAUUCCCCCCCCUCCACGCCCCCGAGAAGGCGACUAACUCCGUCGCGGAACGCAUGACCCAGGAACCGGGGUACUCGCAGACCAACAGGGUUUAGCACUGCGCCAUAGGCCAGGCUUGUGGGGGGAGGGCGGGAGUAUGAUGGGAUCCGCGAGGCAGCGACCCCCUUCCCUCCUCGCCGUCUUACCUGCUGAUCCAGCCCGAGCGCAUUCUCCACCGCCACAUGACUCAUCCCUGAAAAGUACCGGGGACUCUGGCGUUACCACUGCGGAUCAACUGUGUGUGUGGGGGGUGUCUCACCGCAAAGCACCUCUCACCGGGGAACUGCGGCUCUGGAACGCCCGGCGCGGCCACGGCCUUAAUAUACCCACUCCGACGGCUUGUACGUCACCACCUCCGGCGCCGGGCGCGCGCGCCCCCUCCCCCCACGCUACUAGGAAAACAAUGAGACAAUCACACGCAGAAACGACGCCAAUUGUUACGCACCUCCACCGGGGCCCGGACCCCCCACCCGCAUCCCGCUGCGCCUGCGCAGGAACUCUGGCUCUUUCUCCCCUGGUUUCUACCCGGACUGUGGUGGGGGUAGGGGCAGUUCAACUCGGGAAAAUGAAAGCUAAGACCACGUGGGUUUUGUGCCAUGCUUCAAAGGUCAUCGGACUUAGCUUCCAUAUCAAUGAAGCAUUAGAAGGGCUACUUGGUGGAAAACCAACAAAGGAAAAUUCUAUUCUUGAUCUGAAGAGGAGGUUGCUACAGUGGAAAUAACUGUGGAGUGAAGGGACCACUCCAUCCUAGAAUAGUGAUAGAGGAGAAGAAAUCUUGACACAUUCUGACCCACACCCUAGAUUUCUGAGAAAGCAAGUUUCAAAGAGCUGAAAAGGAAGGUAAAUAGGAUCCCAUGAAGUAAAAUGCUACAGGGCAAAUCAAUCCAGGAAGGAUGAAUGAUGCUCAAGAAUGAAAUUCUGAAGAAACAAAUGGAAAUGAAAGAAGGAAAAAUAAGAUUUAUCUAAAGAGACUAAUGCAAAUGUACAGGAAACUUAAAUUCGUGUUAGUUUGUUUUUUCAUGUAAAGAAGAUAGAAGCAAGACCAGAUAACAGAAUGAAUAAAAAGCAAGUGUCAUGGGCCUUUUAGAAUAAUGUUAAGAAUGUUAAAUGUCAAAAUAAGCUAACGCUGGCAAAAGACAGAUUUAUUUUAUUUUAUUUUAUUUUAUUUUAUUUUGGUUUGUUUCUAGCCAGGAGCAGAAAGGUUCAAAGAGAUAGGACUUAGAUGGGAAGAUGAUAAUUUAACAAUGGAGAGAAAAGAGAGCUGCUCAAUUCUCAUUUCCUGUUUUCUUUGCAAAGGAGAAUGACCUUUAUACUGUUAAGGAUGGAACAAAAAAUAACUAAUAGGGAGUUGGUAACCCCACAUAAAUAAGGAGCUCAUAAGAGAGCAUACAGUCAGCUUCAAUGAAUUUCAUUCGCCUUGUAACCUUCCAAUGCACUGUAAACUCCAACAAUCACAUAUAAAAUCCUCUGGCAUUCAGUGCCUUUCAUCACCUAAUAUAGGCAUACAUACCUCAUUUUAUUGCACUUUAUUUCAAUUCACAGAUAACUGCUUUUUUUUUUUU